AUGACCUGUUUAAAAUCGGAUAUACAUUUGAUCCCAGAACUUGUCAUACUAACGUGGGCUAUGGCGGUUUACACCUUGUAUGCGGUGGUCGCUAUCCGGGAAGUCUCCUACUUGACGCAACCGUUUGGCGCGGUUCUCUCCAGUCCCAUUGUAGAUUACUUCGGACGGAAACGUGCAAGUUUCCUGGUAAAUAUCCCUCACCUCGUUGCCUGGGUUCUGGGAUACUUCGCGUGGAAUCUACCUCUCUUCAUUGCCAAUGGUCUGCUCGGACUUGGAACUGGGCUUAUGGAAGCACCUAUUGCUGCCUAUGUUGGGGAAAUAACUGAACCAUCAAUCCGAGGAACUCUGUGCACGGUGACACAGCUGUUUUUGGCAAUUGGCAUAUUACUCAUGUAUUUUUUGGGAACGAUUGUAACUUGGAGGAACGCAGCUUUGAUCGCUCUUGCUGUUCCUGUUACGGGUAUGUCGUUGGCUCUUUUGGUACCAGAAACCCCAGUGUGGCUUUUGUCCCAAGGUCGAGAUAAGGACGCAUUAAAGGCUCUCUGCUUCCUUCGCGGAUGGACUACUCCCGACAAUGUCAAAGAAGAAUUCGACAGACUAGUAGACUACUCGAAAAAUUUACACCGUUGCGCUAUUUGCUGUGAAACUGAGAAGGAUAGCGAACCAGAAGACUGUGAACAUCAUAAGAUGAACAUGGUUAAGAGGUAUUUACUUAUUGAAUUCAGUUUUCGUCAACCUACUGAUGCUUAA